AUGAUCCAUCUUCCAGCUUUAAAGGCAAACUGUUCAACAAGACCUCUACAAAAAACAGGAAACACAAAUGAAGACAAAAUUACAAGUCACUGGCAUGAAUCAACUGAAUCAGUAGAACUUGGUCUGUUCAGUGAAACAUACAAGAAUGAAAGGAAUUUUAGCCAGAAUCCUCAACAUAUCUUAUUUUGUGAUAUAUUUACUGCAAUGGUACAAAAUAGGCUGGCCUGCAGAGAAUGGGUUGACAGAGCAUCAUCACUUCAUUUACUUCGAGUAUUAAUUUGCCUUAGGUUAUUAAUGCGUGAUCCAUUUUAUCAGGUGGUGCUACAUCAGAUAGAUGGCGUUGAAACUCUUGCACAGUAUAUGGAGACUACCUGUGAUACAUACAUUUUAUAUGGAGAAGAACAUUUAAAUGUGGACAAAUUGAUCAAUAUGACAAAUAUUUUUCAAAAACUUGCUGCAGUGAAAGAUCACAGAGAAUGGGUAAUAUCAAGUGGAGCACACAAAACACUAGUAAAGUUACUGGUAGCCAGAGAUAGUAAUGUGAUACUUGGGGCUCUGCUUGCUCUUACAAGUUUAGCUGAAAGUACUGCAUGCAGGGGGAAGAUAAGUGAGCUCAGUAUUGUAGAGGUUUUGAUGAUGAUUCUGCAUGAAUAUGAUCUACUUUCUAAAAGGCUUGCAGCAGAGCUCCUUCGCCUUCUUUGUUCAGAGUCUGAUGUAAGAGAGCAGGUAAAGAUUUAUGAUGGGGUACCCACUCUUCUAAGUUUACUUCAUUCUGAUCAUCUAAAAUUACUUUGGAGUGUUGUCUGGAUUUUGGUUCAAAUUUGCGAAGACCCUGAAGUAAGUGUGGAAAUUCGAAUAUGGGGAGGAAUCAAACUACUUCUUCAUACUUUGAAAGGAGAACGAAAUCUAGUUUCUGAUCGAUCCUCCAUUGGGAGCUUGUCAAGUGCAAAUGCUGCAGGUCGGUUACAGAAUUUUUAUUAUUCUGAAGAUCUGAGCCCAAGGGAAAAACAAGAAAAUCUGCUAUCACUACAAGCAGCUUCCUGCACAGCACUUACUGAACUUAUGCUCAAUGAUACGAAUGCUCAUCAAGUGGUACAGGAAAAUGGUGUUUACACCAUAGGAACAUUGUUGUUACCAAAUAAACAAAAUGACUGCAUUAAAAGCAAAGUUACAUUGUUACAGUGUUACGCUUUCAGAGCCCUGCGAUUUCUUUUUAGCAUGGAAAGAAACAGAGAUCUUUUUAAAAGGUUUUUUCCACCAGAUCUGUUUGAAAUGUUCAUUGAUAUUGGACAUUAUGUUCGGGAUAUCAGUGCCUAUGAAAAAUUAGUUUCUAAAUUAAAUUCGCUACAAGAAGUAGAACUGAAGCAAAUAGCUGAUAAUAUUGAAAGCAUCAAUCAAAAUAAAACACCUACAAAAUUUAUUGGAAACUAUGCGAUUUUAGAUCAUGUGGGCAGUGGGGCAUUUGGAAGUGUAUAUAAGGUCAGAAAACGCAAUGGACAAUACCUGUUUGCAAUGAAAGAGAUUAAUUUACACAAUCCAGCAUUUGGUAAAGAUAAAAGGGAUCGAGAAAAUAGUGCAGAAAAUAUAGUCUCAGAAUUGACAAUUAUCAAAGAACAGCUUUGCCAUCCGAAUAUUGUGCGAUAUUAUAGAACCUUUUUAGAAAAUGACAACCUAUAUAUUGUUAUGGAACUUAUUGAAGGAGCACCUCUUAGUGAGCACUUCAAAUCUCUAAAAGAGAAGAAACAACAGUUCACAGAAGAACAAAUAUGGAAUAUUUUUAUACAGUUGUGUUUAGCACUGAGAUAUUUGCACAAAGAAAAAAAUAUUGUCCACAGAGACUUGUCGCCUAACAAUAUCAUGUUGGGAGAAAAAGAUAAAGUAACAGUGACUGACUUUGGACUUGCUAAGCAGAAACAAGAAAACAGCAAGCUUACAUCAAUCGUGGGAACAAUUCUUUACUCUUGCCCUGAAGUUGUCAAAAGUGAACCAUAUGGUGAAAAGGCUGAUGUGUGGGCUGCAGGAUGUAUCCUCUAUCAGAUGGCAACUCUGAAUCCACCAUUCCAUAGCACAAAUAUGCUCUCCUUAGCUACCAAGAUUGUAGAGGCUGAAUAUACACCACUGCCAGAUGGAAUUUAUUCAAAGAAAGUUACAAGCACUAUUAAAAGGUGUUUGACGUCAGAUGCAGAGCUUCGUCCUGAUAUUGUAGAAGUGUGUUCAAUAAUAUCAGAUGUCAUGAUGAAAUAUAUGGAUGGAUUAUCCUCUUGUCACCUUGCUAUUGAAAAGAAACUGGAACGUGAAAGAAAGCGUGCUCAAUUUUUUUUUUUAGCAGCUAAUAAAAAUGCUAUAACUUAUCGUCCUCAGCUACCCGUGCCGCCUUAUGAUCGAUAUGAAAAUUCAAGUUUGAGCAAUAGCAGUGGCAACAGUGAUGAAACAAGCUACACAUGUUUUUUAGAGGACCCAAUGCUGCAGUGGGGCAAUUAUGAAAAGAAAUCAGAUAUAAUUUUUCCAGAUGACAGCAUUGAAAAAGAUGUCUUUUCUCAACUCCAUGAUGAACUUGACCUAUCUGAUGUUUCUAGUCAUUCUAGUUCAAGUUUGAAAGGAGGCAAUACUGGUACUUUAAAAAAAAGUAUGAGUUCUUUUGCAGAGGAAAUACAACAUCAAACAAGAGAUCGUGCCGGAAGCAUGGGCUCCAAACCAAGGCCAGCUUUGCUGCCUUUGAAUCUUCUAAAAGCGCCUUUACUGGUAUUCAGGGCUCAAAAUAUGAAGCUAGCAACCUCAUUAGGGACAAGAUGGCACACCCACAGUCUUUCUGCUGUGGUUCUUCAUAGUCUGAAAGAAUCUGGGGAUAUAUCUUCUGCAGGCAUCUCUGUUUCACAAAGGAAAGUUCGUCAGAUCAGUGACCCAAUUCAGCAAAUUUUGCUUCAGCUACAUAAAAUUAUCUAUAUCACCCAGCUUCCUCCAACUUCACAGGAAAAUUUGAAAAGACGAAUUAUUGAAAAAUUCAAGAAAUCUUUGUUCAGUCUCCAAAGUAACCCUUGCAACUUGAAAGCAGAAAUUACAAAGGUUCUGCAGGGGUCACCCGAGCUCGUAGAACCUAACUUAUUUACUGCUGAUUGCCAUGUUCUGCUUCAGUCUUUGGGAGGAAAAUCAUUAAUUACUGAAAACAGAGCAGGCAAUCCUUCUGGUUUUGAGUUUGAGGAAGGAAUUACUUAUGAACAAAUACAGACCAUGAUAGAAGAAGUUCUUGAAGACAGCGGCUAUUACAAUUUGUCUUCAAACAGAUAUUACUCCCUCACAUGUGAAAGCAAGAACCUACAUACACUAAAAAGAUAAUAGCAUUUUGCGAAAGAUAGUGGUUCUAUUUUAAAUCUGCAAUGCAAUUGACA